UCUUCAACUCCACAGUGUCCGUUCCCUUCAUGCACCAGGUGGACUGGACCACUGCUGUUGGCGAGUGCAGAUUCAGAGGUGGCUACUUGCCCAACACAAAGGCUGUAGACACUUGGAAGAAAAAACUCAGGGCAAAGUUAGGCCUGCGUCCCAGGAUAAAUAAUAUUGCCAGCAAUUACCAUAUGGCUAAUGCAAGAGACCCUGCACAGAGUAAAUUUGUCUUGUGCGAAACUCCCAAGGAAUACAGAAAUUAUGACACGACACUGGUGUCCACGGACUGCAGCAGACACACUCGCCUUAUACUUCCCAAUGUUCAACCUGCCAGUAUGGUGUUGGAUGAUGCCAAGAGGGAAUGCAAGUAUUGGAAUGGAGAACUAGUAACCAGCGGAGUAGGUGGGCUCGAGAACUGCCUACUGCAGUUCUACAGGGCAAUUCCAGGUCACCACACCCCAAAGGAUCUGUGGUCAGGCCAUAAUAUCAACUCAAUCCCUGAAACACCUCGGGAGGGUCUGCAGAAAGCAUACAUACCUGUGUGUAGGGUGCCCAUUAAGUAUGUUAAGUUCUGGUGUGCACAAACCAACUCCGAUCUAUCCAUUCGAGAAAAUCCUCAGACCAAAACGCUGCUCGAAGCAAGGGAACAUUGCCGGAGCGGGUUCUCUGCGGACGGGAAUGGAAACCCAUAUGGUGAAGAUGGCCGCAUUGUUAGCCAAUUGUCCGUCGAAAUGCAAUGCCUGACCACCUACCUCAAGCAAGUCCAGAAAGAAUCCAUUGAAGGCAAUGUUUGGAUUGACGGUGAUCGAGCUAGUCCUCCAACGCAGAAGAAAUAUGUCGUUUGUGAAUACAGAGGAGCGUUCACGGACCUGCUUUGCAAGAAGACAAAAUCUCGAUACAGCCCGUUCCCCUUGGUCAAGAAGAGCUACGACGGUGCCGUAACAGAAUGUAAACGUCGAAAAUACACUGGGCUGAUGACUAAAACUGAUGGCUGUGAGAUUCCUUCUUUCUUCAGGCUAAAUAUGGACGCCUUUUGGUGGAAAAACUCUUUGGCACGCCACAUUGGCGAAAGACUCGUCAUCUGUGAACGGUUAUUCCAAUGUAUUUCAUUCGAUGAUGGGACACGUCCUCAUACCUCAACACUACACUAUUUCCCUGCAAAGUCUGGCAAGAACUACGGGGAAGCUCUACAGUUUUGCGCUGCCAAUGGCAUGCACCUUCCAUUUUACUAUGAAAGGCAUUGUGUGACCACAUUCUUAUCUGAAAAGUUGGGAAUUCAAGGGUUUGGUUGGAUUCAAAGGCCUCCCCUUGGUGACCACGCUAUUGUAAGCCAAUCAUUAUCAAAUGGCAAACCUCAGUGGAUCCGCUCCAACAGAAAGUUGGUGAUUGUCGUCUGCAUUCUACCCAGUUGAGAGGAAUGCGCUGACUCUACAUUGUUGUGGGCACUUGCAUGAUGGAUGCCCGUCAACUUUCCUCCCGAACUGUUUUGGAGCAGAAUGUGGAGUCGUGGAGGGGUCUCAACCUGCCUACCUGGGCACACACGAACCUGCAGACGAUGUGGAGACUACCUGGGCACACAUGAACCUGCAGACGAUGUAAACACUACCUGGGCACACAUGAACCUGCAGACGAUGUGAAGCCUACCUGGGCACACAUGAACCUGCAGACGAUGUGAACACUACCUGGGCACACAUGAACCUGCAGACGAUCUGAAGCCUACCUGGGCACACGUGAACCCGAACACACAAUGCGAUUUGCACGACAGCCACUCUAGGCUGGCGAACCGGCUGCUCCACACAUCUAUAUACAUUUUUCCAUA